AUGGCAGAUCCUCUCUCAAUCUCAGCAAGUAUCGCGGGCUUGGUCGCCCUCACCGACCUGAUCUUCCGAGCAGGCACUAAAUACGCCAAAGGUUACAAAGGAGCUCAGAGAGAGGUUGAAAGCCUGAUGCGUGAGGUUAGGGGCCUCUCAGUUGUCCUGCACAAUCUUGAACUGGUUGCAUUUGAUCUAGAAGAAGCUGAGCCACCGGAUCAAAACCCUCAUCAGGAGAAGCCAAGCCUCCAACCACAUCAUCUUCAUGAUUGUCGCCAGCUCUUGAGACGCAUGGAAAAUGGAUUGUCUCUUACAGAUAGCUCACUUAAGUCAAAGUCAGGGCUCGAGAAGAUCCAGGCACGUUUGAAAUGGCCCUUUACAUCGACUGACUCCAAGGAAAUGAUCGCGGAGAUACAGCGCUACAAGCAGAUCAUUGACACAGCACUGGCCGCCGACUCGUUAGCAAAACUCAACGUCUGUCUCUCGCAGCAAACAGAGAUAAAGAACAAACUUGACGGUGUUCAACAGACUGUUGAGAAGAUCCUGGAUAUUCAAGUCAAGAUCGCACUGGACGGAAAGAAAGAUAAGAUCUUGAAAGACUUUGGAAAGAUGAACCCCAGACAAGAAUACGAGACAAACAGGAAGUUGCGACACGGUCUGACGGGCUUGUGGCUCACUCAGGGAGAUGAGUUCAAUGAUUGGUACAGCACGCCUCGAGCCAGGCUUUGGUGCAGCGGAAUUCCUGGAGGAGGCAAGUCCGUUCUCGCAGCUGCCAUAAUCGAAGAAUGUUUGCAGCGAAAUGGGAAGGACCCAGACAAGGCAGUCGCAUACUUCUUUUGCACCUACAAGCAGCCGCUUAGUCAAGACCCACGCUCGAUUCUUUCAUCUCUUUGCAUGCAACUUGCACUGCAGAAUGAAGAAGCCUUCGAGAUUUUACAAGAAGCUCAUCACGAACUGUACGAUGGUUACGUGAACACGCAACCAGCGCCCGAAAGGCUUGCCGAGGUUUUGCAACGAAUUUCCUCCUGCUUCACUCGCGUAUACCUCAUUGUUGAUGGAAUCGACGAAUGCGGCGACCAUACCGAAGAAAUCACUGCGACCUUGGCGCAAAUCGCGGCAACCCAGAAGGAUGACGCUAUCAACAUGGCCCUAUUGAGUCGGAAUGAGGUGGUCAUACGGCAUAUCACGGACAAAGACUUCAAACAUAUCGAGAUCGAGGCUCGGACCGAGGACGUGCAGUUAUACGUGGCUUCCGAACUAAGUCAAAGGAUCAUCUCCAGGAAGUUGAGGCUCAAAGACCCAGCACUCAAGGACCUCAUCAUGACAAAGCUGAUAGAAGGUGCCAAAGGAAUGUUUCGCUGGGUAGCCUGCCAGCUGGACCAUAUGUGUGAACUCCCCACGGACAAAGCCCGUCAACAGGCCUUGACCAAACUACCGUCGACCUUGUUUGGAACUUACGACCGCAUCCUGAUGAGGGUCGAAGAAUACAGUGAUGAAGUGAAGCGAUUGGCGAGAAAAGCACUGCUCCUACUGGCCUCUUCUUCGUCCAUCCCUUUCAGAGUGCUAUGCGAGAGCAUCUCCCUCGACGAGGAGGCAGACGAUCUCGAAGACGACGACAUUGUGUCAGAAGAAGACGUUCUAAGAUGGUGCAGUAGCCUCGUGAGAACAAGAGAGGCCUUAGUUCGAGGAACAAAUAUGACGAUAGUCGAGUUUGCACACUUCACAGUUCUGGAGUAUUUUGAUGCUCUAAAUAUAAGAACCCUUGGUGCUCAGUAUUCUAAGCUGAGUCACUACGCCCUUCCUCCUGACAAGGGUCAUGUCUUUCGCGCAUACACCUUACUCCGCUUCCUCACCAUGGAUGGUCUCGACGGAAAGCUCCGCGCACGCAGCUUGGCCCAGACAAUACUCGACAUUGUUGCAGAGCGUAGAGCUCACGAAACCCAUAGGGAAGCCGCGUGCGCUUGGAUAAUAUGGAUACAAAAAGGAAUGGCUAUCGGAGGUCAAGUCUACCAGCUUGCACAGAAGCUGCUGCUCCGAAAAACCCCUCUUUUCUGCCUCUGGGCUGUCGAAUUCCUAGUCCAACUCAGAUCUGACCAGAUCAAGGAUCUUAGACAGCCCCUCAACGUCGCCGAACUUAUUCCACUGGCUAUCAAUACAGUGCUCAGACCUGACUUCACGCCCUUACAUAUGGCAGCGGCGUUCGGUAUACUGGAAAUAUGCCAAGAACUAUUGGAAAGUGGUGCAAGUCCAGAUGUAUGUAGUAAUUUUGGCAUCCCACUACACUAUGCUGUUGGCGGUUGGGCUAUAUUUCUUGAGCUGGGACAUACGACACCUCUUAAUGUUCUCCCAGCACUUCACCUCUCGCCGACUCAACGACUUGAGAUCAUCAAGCUCCUCAUUUCAUCAGGAGCGAAGCCCAAAGACGAAAUAGAAACCCCCUUCUUUACUACUACGCUUCUUUCCUUUGCAAUGGAGCGUCAAGAACCUUUCCUGGUCGUUAAAAUCGCUGCGCUGCUUGUUAGAGCUCAUGUGGACAUCAGAAUCUUUGAUGUACUGCAGUUUCAGAAAUUCUAUAAGACCACGUUUGUUAUUCAUGACCUGCAUUCCCCCUCCAACUUGCCAAAAGACCUUCAAAAGCUUGUGGAAGCCCUGGUUGAUGAAGGGGAACUCAAUGGGCCUCGUUACAUGCUUCAUCACCUGACGGUUGAUACUAUCAGCAAAAUUGGGAAAGUCACGAACGAGAAGCCUGAGCUGAGCCAUCCUGAAAGCGAGGCUACUGCCGAGGAAGUUCAGGCACAUAUUCUUUCUCUAAUCAACCUCAAUGAUAAGCGAGGGCUAGAGGUAUUUCUGGCGACGGAGCAUGCGAGGUUUAUAAAAUCACCUGGACUGGACCCCAAACGUCCCGACUACACCGCACUGCAUUUGGCAGUGAGUAUGAGGUCUUUGGAUCUCAUUGAGCCUUUGUUAGCAUUCGGAUUGGAUCCCCGGGCAACAACAUGUGACAAAUUAACCCCAAUUCACCUAUGUGACGAACGAAAUACCUGGAAGGCGCUCUUGGCUCUACUUCGGUAUGCUGGAUCGUCAAUUGAUACAGACAGAUGUGGCGAGACGAUCUGGCAUCGUGCGGCCGAGAAGGGGGCAAUAGAGAUCAUUGAAAUACUUCUGUCUCGAGCAGAAGCCGAGGUUGCUCUGAAAAUGGUAUCGGACGAAGGAGAAACACCGAUCGGCGCCGCUACGUCUGAAGUCUUUCACAUUCUUAUGGCAUAUUGCGAAACAAACGGUUACCUCGACAAAGAAGAGUUCCAUAAGUACUUGGCAAGCAGCGAAUUGCUCCUUAGGAUACUCGGAGACGCAGACAACAAUUACCUUCUUGAGAGCUUCCGGAAGCAUGAGUCAUUCUCUAAGACACCGGGUGGGUUACGAAUGCUAGCAACAUGCUUUCAGAAGGCCAUGGAGGAAGAAAUAUUAUAUCACUGCGACAAACUCUUCACAUUGGGCUGCCCUACAGAAUUCGAUCUCGAAAUGGGUCCAAAUGUGACUCCAUUCGGGUUAGCCAUAUGGAAGGCCCAAGAAGAUACGGUGAAAUGGUUUUGGACGAAAAAUACCCCGGUUUCUACUGUGUUCAAACACCCGACGGGCAACUAUAACUGUACGGCCGUGGAGCUCGCUCUAGAACGUCCGAAGUUCAACCAUAUGCUCCCCCAGUUGAUAGACAGGUAUCUCGAAGAAGGCGGAGACUUUUCGCAUAUGCACUUUAGCCUUCUACGCAUCCCCAUCAUUUGCUCAAAUCAUGAGGGCCUCCUUAUCUUGUUUCAAGCACUAUGUGGCAAGACGUUUGGCCCCGAGGAACGAAGGUUUGACUUACGCAAAAAGCCCGGCAGUCGCUUUGUUCGAUACGUCACACGUGGCAAUACGUUGGGUGCCAUUGUCAACCAACGUGACUUCCAAGGCCCGACACCAUUACAUUUCGCAGUCUUGAAGAAUAACCUAGAAGCAGCCAAGGCACUGCUUGACCAUGGUGCCGAGAUCGAUGCCUUGGACGAAAACCUCGAUACGCCUUUGAUAUGGGCAGUCUCUCACGGGUUACGCGAUAUGGCUCGACUUCUAAUCGAGCGCGGUGCCCGAUAUGACGAGCCAACUUUAUAUGAUGGGGAGCUCAUUUUAUUGGCAUGCCGCAAACACCAUUGGAAGCUGGUGACAUUUCUCCUGGAGAUUGGAGAGCAGACUACACAUACCACCGACAGUGGAAGGAACUUACUCAACCUUAUGACGUCGGCUAACUCGACAAGCGAGAACCCCGACAUCGAGCUGUUUCACCGAUUUCUCGAUGAUGGGGUUGACCUGUAUGAGACGGACGAUCACGGUGUCUCUGCCUUCCACAAUAUGUUCUUGGAAAGCUGUCCCAUCUACUUACGAGCCUUUCUGGACCGAUGUCCGAAGUUGGACCUUGAGAAGCUGGAAGGAUGGUCUAAUGGCUACCUCGAUACAGUGACCUUGGUAUCAACCACGAAAAACUUCCGCUAUGUCAAAAGGGUGCUCACGAAAAGCGAGAUACACCAGAUCUGCGACCUAGGAAGUCCAGGGAGUCAUAGUUUACUAUGCAGAGCAGUGUGCUGGAAUUUGCCUGAGGCAAUCCGCAACAUUAUCUCGUUUGGAGUCGACAACCUGGAACACCGCUGCGAGGAUCACGGCACACCUGUGGAAGCUGCAAUCAGCCACCGACACUUCGAAAUAGUCAAGUGUCUCGUACGGAAUGGUGCGUCGGUACCAUUUGAGCUCAGCAAGGCACAGAAUCAUGUUAUCAGUACGAGAAACCCAGACUUCAUGAUUAGACAAUGGCUGUUUAUUGGGCGACAUACGGAAAGAAAGAGGCUUCCGAACGACGCUGCCAAUGAUGAUAGUGAGCUGAAAGCCUGGUCAGGAAUAUGGGUUGCGCAAGUCGCUUUGCCAUUUCAUCUUAGGAAAAGAGAUACCCAGAGUACAUUGGAGUAUGCUAAGCAGAGACAGUACCUAACAGGGAAAGAAGAGAUGCAGCUGCCCAUCGUCAACUACUUAGUGGCUCAUAACUCCCCAAAGGAUAGUGCUUGA